GUGUUUCUAUAAAAGGCUUUUCCCUGACGGGCACAAAGGCUAUCACAAUCAGCCGUCCUGAACCAUCUGGACAAAAUAUGAAAUUUGUUGGUGUAGGUGUUUCUUUCUUCAUUCUCUUCUCCCUCAGUGCCCUUUGGAAUACAGAAACUGUCCUCUCUGAAACUGGAAGCAACGGCACUUCAGCUCCAUCAGGUGCUCAAGACUCUUGCUCACAACAAUGUGGAGAACUUCUUGGUACCUGUUCUUGCCAGGUGACGUGCCAGUCCUUGGGGAUUUGCUGUCCUGAUUAUAAUGAAUUUUGUCUUCAGAUUUCUCCAUACUCAGGAUCUCUGAUGGGAGGCAAAGACAUUUUGAUUGAAAAUACAGCUUUUAAUACCUCUAUGAUAACGUGCAGGUUCAAGAAGAUAAUCAAAACCAAUGGCUUUGUUGAUAAGGAUGGAAAAGCCCACUGUAUCUCCCCACUGCUGUAUGAAACUGGUUUCAUCCCCUUUGAAGUUUCUACAGAUGAUGGGCAGACAUUUCCGUACUCUGGAACUUGGUUAUCAGUACAUCACAGCAAAGUUCCGGAUGAAGAAAAAUGCACGUUGGUAAAUGAGACAAAAUGGCAAUACUAUGGCACCUCCAACAUUGAUGGAAACUUAACUCUCACCUGGACACACCAGGCACUUACAGCAACCCAUAUCAACAUAGAAGUCUGGGGUUACCAAGAAACAGGUGACAGUUACUCGGAAAACUGGUUUGCCAAGUGGGAAUAUCUUUAUACUUUGGCAAGAGAAACCCCUAAUAGUGGGACAUUUUCUUUCAUUCCUGUACCUGCUAAAGCAACUUACAGUACUUGGGACUUUGGAAUUUUGAGAAUUACACCCAGCACCUAUUCUGAUGGGCAGAGCAACAUUCCAUCAGUCUGGAGCUCAGCGCAUGCAUUGGCUUGGCACCUUGGGGAAGACUUCAGAAAUGACCCAAUUACAUGGGCAACUGCAAAAUGUGUAGAAUGGGACAGGAAAGAGGAGAAGCUUCCAAAUUUUUUGGAAGAAAUUAUAGAUUGCCCUUGCACCUUGUCACAGGCAAGAGCUGACACUGGAAGGUUCCAUACAGAUUAUGGCUGUGACAUUGAAAAAGGGAGCGUGUGUACUUAUCACCCUGGUGCUGUGCACUGUGUAAGAGCCAUUCAAGCCAGUCCUGUGUAUGCAGCAGGCCAGCAGUGUUGCUAUGACUCCACAGGGGCCCAAAUCCUCACACAAGAUUCCACAAGUGGCAGCACACCUGAUCGAGGCCAUGACUGGGGUUCACCACCUUUCAUGAAGCCUCCCCGGAUACCUGGCUUUUCCCAUUGGCUUUACGAUGUCAUCAGCUUCUACUAUUGCUGUCUGUGGUCUGAUAAUUGUCAUUUCUAUAUGAAAAACCGUCCCUCCAGUGACUGCAGGACAUAUCACCCGCCUCAAGCUGCAUCUGCCUUUGGGGAUCCCCACUUCUUCACAUUUGAUGGUCUGAACUUCACUUUUAAAGGACAAGGGGAAUACACAUUGGUAGAAUCUGAUCUCACAUCCCUAAGGGUGCAAGGAAGGACCCAGCAGGCACACUUUCCCAAUGGAACGGAAGCUCAGGUGACAGGCUUGUCUGCAGUGGCCAUGCAGGAGAACAACUCUGAUGUGAUUGAAGUACGCUACUCAGAGGAUUUGAAUCUGGAGGUACUCUUGAACCAAAAGGUGGUCAACUUCUCUGAGCAAAGUUGGAUGGACCUGAAAGGUCUCUUUCUCCAUUCUACAUCUGAUCAGAAGAUUACAGUGAUGUUCUCUUCUGGGUCUGGAGUAGAGAUAAGGGGAAGUGGAGGAUUCUUGACCCUGACAGUUUUGCUCCCAGAUAAGUUUAUGAAUCACACGCAGGGUCUCUUUGGAGUGAUGAAUGGUAAUACAGAAGAUGAGUAUACCUUUAAGAAUAAAACAACCAUAUCAGUUCAUGCAAGUCCUCAGCAGUUGUUUGAAUUUGGAGCUAAUUGGGCCGUUGAAAAUGGAACUUCUCUCUUUACUUAUGACACAGAGUUCUUAUUGAACAAUUUCUUUUACGGGGAAAAGCACAAUACUUCUUUUCUGCCAGUGUUCUUUCCUUAUGAAGACCCUGCUGAUCCCUUGGUGAAAGAGAUGGUCUUGGUCUGUGACUCUGACCCAUUCUGCAGAUUCGAUGUCCUGACAACAAGAAGUCUUCAAGUGGGAAAUUUCACAAGAUUAUCUCAUCAGAAUCACAAGCAGUUGGUAGAAAAUCUAAAGCCGGUGAUUUCUUGUGGCUGGCUGGAUCAUCCAACCAAUGGAAGAAAAAAUGGAACAAACUACCUGCUGGGCUCAACCAUCCAUUUCACCUGCAAUCAGGGCUAUGAACUCACUGGAUCAAAAGAAAUAAUCUGUCAAGUGACAGGAGCCUGGUCUGGAGACAUACCUAAUUGUAUCCUGAGAACAGAUAUCAAACAAGUAAUUCUUCUUGGUUGUGUAUUUGGUAUUGUCGGUCUUGCAGUCCUGGCACGUCUAACUUUCCUGUGUAGAAAGGAGAGACAUGAAGGCAACAAGAAGCUUGUUUCAGAGGUUCCAGUAACAUCUCAACAAGAAAGAACAAAAUUUCAGAGAAGUUUUUAAUGAAAUAUGGAGAAAGCAUAGCAGAGGAAUAAAUUGUCCACAGCGACAAAGAUGGAAACAGUGGUUUUACAUAGUAUAUUAUAAUUUAAUUUUUGCUUUCAAUAUAAUGACUGUUCAAUUGCAUGGGAAAUGCUAACCACCUUUCAGGGGUUUUAUCAUGUCAGGCUCAUCCUACUAUGUUUCAAAAGCCAAGGACAAUGCUCCUGAAAGAAUCGAAGUUAUAUGCGUUAGUUUCUUCCAUCUCUGCCAGCAGAACCAGAGUUUUGACAAAAUCAGAAGAAUUUGUGAUUCUCUGUACUUCUCUUCUUUUAGUCUUUCACUUGAAAGCUGGUGAAAUGAAAAUAAUCCUACCAUAUAAAGCUAGCCUUUAUCAGAGAGACAUACACCUUCUCUGGGGUCAUGUAAAGCUCAUGUAGAAAGAUGUGAAAGUGGAUGUAGUCAGAUGGACUAUUUUGCAAGUCAGGUUGAAUUUGCAGAUUGUUGGCUUUAUGGUUUUUGUUUGUUUGCUUGUUUUAAGUAGGGAGGUAGAGAAACUAAAGAUACUUAAACGUGGCAUUCUUAUAUUUUGGAAAGUCACUUAGUACAUGCUCUGAGUGGCAUUUUUGUUUCAUUACUGACCUAAUUUUAAAAGGAUGCAAUUGAAGGGAAGGAGAGGAAGUACCCAGCUCACUGGGUCUGUUUUUUGAAAGUCUUUAAUUCAUAAAUAACUGAGAAUUCAUGGUGCUGUCAAAAGGCAAGGACAAACUACAUACAGGGGGACUAAAUGAGUGAAAAACUACAGAUUUUACAUUAUAAUGGGAUCAAGACAAAUUGAAAGAAAUGCUUCAGGCUGUGUAUUUAUAAGUAUAAAAUUAUUAAUUACUUAUUA